AUGCUCAAGAUCGGCCUGAUCAACAGACCCAGCCUGAUCUCCGACCCCUCCAACCACGCCCCCUCGGCCGACUACCCCCACCACCAAGCCAACCAUCAGACCAUCACCUCCGUCCUCGGCCAGGUCGAGAAAGUCAUCGAAGUCAUCCGCAGACGACAAAGCCCAAAAGCUAUCGAAACCCCCCAACGGGUUCAUUUCAUCAUCCAAUACGCCGUCAUCCGGGCGCCGGGGGGGACCUAUGGCCAGCAGGCGUUGGCAUGUUGCCCGCCCGCCUGGUUCACCGAUUGGGCGCCUCGAGGUGGCGUGAGGCCGGGGUGCUCGUGGGGGGGCGCCUUCGGGCCGGACGAGGGGCGACAUGAUGCUGGAUCGGCAUGA